UGAUGAUUUUGAUACACACACCCAAAUCUAACAUUCUCAUUAUAGCUUUACAUAAAUUAAUCCCACUUCAAAAGUGAAACAUUGCUGCCUGUUGUAAUGUAAAAUGCUAAGAAAAGUUGUGUUCUUGAGAAAAAGAAACCAAAGAUCAUGGAGGGUUUAGAGAUUAUCAUCAUUAAAAAAUAUGAAUUUUGAAUCUCAAGACUCUUUCUUUUUUUUGAAUUUCAGCUUACGACAAACGGCUACUGCAUUUUUGCACGAUUUCCCAUGUCCAUUCAAAAACCUGUCCUCCCUCCUUCUUCAACUGUACAUGUCAGAACAUAAAUCCUCCCUCCCCAUUCAUUUUGAUUAGUUUUUCCACCACAAAAAUCUCCUUUUCAAAUUUUCUCGAUCAUUUUUGAAAUGGGGUUCUUUGCCUGAGGUGAAUGCAGAGCUCCGGUGACUGGCUGCUGCAAGUGAGAGAUUAAUCUUUAGCUGUAGAUUCGAUUUUUUGAAGUUCAUUCGAAAUGGGUCUUUUUAUUUGGGUCUCCUCCUUCAUUUUAGUAGCUACCCUUUUAAGCAAAUGCUCUUUUUCUCUCACUGAAGAUGGUUUAACAUUGUUGGAAAUCAAAAGUACUUUAAAUGACACUAAGAACGUCCUCAGUAAUUGGAGCCCUACAGAUGAAACUCCCUGUAAAUGGACUGGUAUCUCUUGCCAUCCUGAGGACUCUCGUGUCAGCUCGGUUAAUCUUCCGUUCAUGCAACUAGGAGGGAUUAUAUCUCCCAGCAUUGGUAAACUUAGUAGAUUGCAGAGACUGGCUCUCCACCAGAACGGCUUACAUGGAUAUAUCCCCAAUGAACUUGCCAAUUGUUCUGAACUUAGAGCUCUGUACUUGAGGGCUAAUUAUCUUCAAGGAGGCAUUCCAUCAAAUAUUGGAAACCUUUCAUACCUUACCAUACUUGAUUUAUCUUGCAAUUCCUUUAAGGGUAGUAUACCAUCAUCAAUUGGUCGUCUUACACACUUGCGGAAUCUGAAUUUAUCUACCAACUUUUUCUUUGGAGAAAUCCCAGAUAUUGGAGUUCUAAGCACCUUUGGUAACAACUCAUUCUUUGGUAAUCAAGGUCUUUGUGGUCGACAAGUGAACAAGCCGUGCCGGACUUCACUGGGUUUUCCUGUCGUCUUACCACAUGCUGAAAGUGAUGAAGCAGCAGUUCCUCCUAAGCGAUCCUCUCAUUACACCAAAGGACUGUUGAUUGGUGCAAUAUCAACAGCAGGGUUUGUGUUGGUCAUACUUAUUGUAUUCACGUGGACUCGUCUGGUGUCGAAGAAAGAAAGAACUGCAAAGAGUUACAUGGAAGUUAAGAAGCAAAAAAGUCGUGAUACAAGUGCAAAGCUUAUUACAUUCCAUGGGGAUCUACUAUAUCCAACAUGUGAGAUCAUAGAAAAGCUGGAGGCCCUGAAUGAAACAAAUGUUGUUGGCUCAGGAGGUCUUGGAACUGUGUAUCGAAUGGUCAUGAAUGAUUCCGGAGCUUUUGCUGUGAAGAAAAUUGAUAGGACUCAAGACGGUCCAGACCAAGUAGUUGAAAGAGAAUUGGAGAUACUGGGUAGCAUUAAACACAUAAAUUUAGUGAAAUUGCGUGGUUAUUGCAGGCUUCCUUCUUCAAAGCUUCUUAUAUAUGACUAUCUGUCGGCUGGUAGCUUGGAUAAUUUCUUGCAUGAACGUGGACCAGAACAGUCAUUGGAUUGGAGUGCUCGGUUAAACAUAGCGUUAGGCUCCGCUCGAGGACUGGCGUACUUACACCACGAUUGCUGUCCAAAGAUUGUGCACUGCAACAUAAAAUCCAGCAACAUUCUUCUUGACGAGAACUUAGAGCCGCACGUAUCUGACUUUGGUCUUGCAAAGCUUUCGGUUGAUGGGGAUUCCCAUGUCACAACUGUUGUUGCUGGCACAUUUGGUUAUUUGGCUCCAGAAUACUUAGAAAGUGGGAUAGGAACUGAGAAGUCUGAUGUUUAUAGCUUUGGAGUUCUCUUGCUGGAGCUUGUAACAGGAAAGAGACCAAGUGAUCCAUUUUUCUCGAAGAGGGGUGUAAAUAUUGUUGGUUGGUUGAACACCUUGCGGGGAGAAGACCAAUUGGAGAACAUAGUCGAUAAUAGGUGCAAGAAUGCAGAUGUCGAAACGGUAGAAGCGAUUCUCGAAAUAGCAGCGAGGUGCACCAAUGGCAACCCAACUAUGCGGCCUACAAUGAACCAAGUACUGCAGCAGCUAGAGCAAGAGGUGAUGUCGCCGUAUCCGAGUGAUUACUCUGAAUCUCACUCGGAUUAUUCAUGAAUGUAAACCACUUCGAGGUCUUGUUCAUUUUGUGCAACAUGUUAAGAAACAGCUGCAAAAUGUAUUCUCUUGUGGAAUAGUAUUUCAACCCACGUUCUUGUUGGGAGGGCUUGAGUAACAUGUAAGUUCGACAUUCGUGACACUUCUCUAUGAAUUUGGGUUAUAUUUUUUCCUUAUUUGAACUAACAAA